UAUUGUGUGCCUGUAAGAUACCAAAAAAAUAUCUGAAACUGGUUCCUCAAAUCUAACCGUUUACAAAAAAUGCUAUAUAAGAGCAGGCUUCACUGUGAGAGAUAUACAUAUUCAGUUUUCAAUAUACACAUCGGAAUCAUCUUCAGUCAGUUACAUCAUCAGUCAGUGCAGUUUUAUCUUUUCGUGGAAAUCCUAGUCCCAGUUUUUUGACAAGAUACCUGUACGCAUUUCUUCUUCCAAAGGAUAAUUGUUAGGGUAUCUAGUCGCCAGUAUCUUUAAAACCUUUAGAAAAAUAUAAAGAAUUUUUCGUAGUGUUCGAAGCUAAUGUUUCAAGAUGAACACUCAGCCCUGUACAGUGUACAUUCCCAAAGUACUUCAUCAGCGAACUUUUCUGUGCUGCAGAAUGCGAAAGAAACAAUUGUGGGCAUUGAUUAUAACUGUUUUAUUAUUAAUUACUUUUAUUGGUGCCAUAAUUUACAUUCUAAGCCAUAAGGAAACUCACUCACGAAGCAAUAAAUACCAAAGUGAUGCACCGCUUGGAAAGUAUAAACAGGCUGCAGUUUCUGCAAUGGGUCCAGAGUGUGCCGAAAUUGGCGUAAGUUUUUUAAAAAAAGGCGGCAAUGCUGUAGAUGCAACAAUUGGUACAUUACUUUGUGAAGGCGUCGCAUCUUUACACAGUAUGGGACUUGGUGGAGGUUUUUUCAUGACAAUAUGGAACUCAACCACAAAAACAGCAUACUAUUUAGACGCAAGAGAAACUGCAUCACGACACGCAACAACAUCUAUGUUCGAUGGGAAUGCAGACUUAUCUUAUCGAGGUGGUUUGUCUGUUGCGGUUCCUGGAGAACUUCUAGGAUAUUGGGAGGCUCAUCAAAAGUUUGGAAAACUAAAAUGGAAAGAUCUUUUUGAGCCAACCAUAAAACUAUGUGAAGAGGGAUCCCGCAUUAAUAAUUAUUUAAGUGGUUAUAUUAAGUCUAAAGAGAAAUUUAUUAGAGAAGAACCAACUCUGUCAGAAAUACUUAUCGACAGUCGUACUAAUCAACUACUCAAGGAGGGAGACAGAAUAAAACGACCAAAGCUGGCAAAAACAUUAGAAAUUAUAUCUAAUACGGGAAUAACAGAAUUUUAUAAUGGAACAAUUGCAAAAACGUUGACUGAAGAAAUAAAAGCAUAUAAAGGAAUUAUUGAUUUACAAGACUUUAAAGACUACAGAGUUAUAUGGAAGGAGCCCCUUAAAACAAAUAUUGGAAACAUGACUAUUUAUUCUGCUCCUCCUCCUGGAUCUGGAGUGCUUGUUACAUUUAUAAUGAAAGUUCUUGAAAAUUUUCUUUUGACUAGUGAAAAGGAAAUUAUAUGGCACCGUAUGAUUGAAACAUUUAAAUGGGCUUACGCAAAACGAACUGAAUUGGGUGAUCCUGACUUUGAAAAAGAUGUUGAAAAUUUUGUUAAAAAUUUCACGUCUGCAAAAUAUGCAGAAGACAUUAGAAGACUUAUCAAUGAUACAUGGACAAGUAAUGAUCCUCAUUUUUAUGGAGCUGUAACAGUAAAUCCUGAAGAUCAUGGAACAUGCCAUGUGUCAGUUUUAGACUCAGACGGCUCAGCAGUUUCCGUAACAUCUACUAUUAAUCAAGUAUUUGGAGCAUUGUUUCGCUCAAAUUCGACUGGAAUUAUAUUCAAUGAUGAAAUGGAUGACUUCAGUUCUCCUAAUAUUACAAAUGCUUUUGGUAUACCACCAUCACCUGUUAAUUUCAUAAAGCCUGGAAAACGACCAUUAAGUUCCAUGUCACCAACAAUAAUUGUAGACAAAAAUAAUGAAGUAAGACUAGUCGUUGGUGCUGCUGGUGGUACAAAAAUUACAACUGCUGUGGCACUUACAAUUAUGUUGAAUCUCUGGGUGGAUUAUGAUAUUAAAGAAGCUGUUGAUGCUCACAGAAUUCAUCAUCAGCUAUUUCCAAUGACUAUCCAAAAUGAAAUAGGUUUUCCACAAUACAUAUUAGAUCAAUUACACCAAAUUGGACAUAAUUCAACUAUUUAUACAGGUAUAGGAAGUGCAGUCACAGCACUUGCUAAACAAAAUAAAUAUAUUACAGCUAUUUCUGACUAUAGAAGACAAGGAAAAACAGCAGGAUUUUAGAAUUUAUAAUGACAGUUAAAAAAAUAUUAUAAUUUUACAACUUAUUUCCAUAUAAUCCUGUCCUUUCGAAACACAAUGUUAAACGUUAAUAAUAUUGUAACCGGAAACAAUCGAAUUAUUUUAAUUUUUGCACAACCGGAAGAGUACAAGCAUCCCAAUGGGCAGAGCCAUCCAUUGGAUGUCCCAAUGACAUCCUUUUCGGAACGUUCUUGGGACCUUGUUAAAAAGUCGUUCUAAAGAUAUCCUUAGGAUAUCCCAAAAAAUCCCCUAAAAAGGCAUCCUAUACAUGACAAAAAGAAUGAAAUAAAGACAUCCUAAACAAGUUCUAUGUCUGGCCUAGAGCAGUUACAAAAAUAUCCUUAAGAAACCUUAAGGGAAUUUUUAAAAAUUUUGGAAAAAAUUUGAAACUUUUCAGUACAUUUUUUUAGACAUGUUGAGGAUAUUACAAAGAAGUUUAUUGGACAUUUUUAGGACAUAUUUGGUACAUUCUUGGAACCUAUAAUAAUCCUUUUUUGGCGAAUUAGCCCAUGAGGAUCAAUAUAUAUGACCAGUAAUCGCGAUGUACUUUUUUUGUCUAUUCGGAUCUUCAUGAGCACUUCGGUGUUGUGGGUCGUUCCGCGUAUAAGACUUAAUACCCUAAUACAGUACACGCGCUUUAGGCUAUGAAGUAUACAUAAUUUUAAUGUAAUAUUUAUUUCGGUUAUCAAAGAUUUUUGAACUUCCUUGGAUAUUUUCAGUACAUGUUUGGUACAUUCUCAGGAUUUUUAGGAUACUCUGAGAACAUUUUAAGAACGUUUUUGGACACUUCGGGGAUAUUUUUAGGACAUUCUAGGGACCUUCUGAAGACGUAUUUAAGACAUUUUAGGAACAAUUUAAGGACAUUUUUAUAGACUGUUCUAGAGCAGACACAGAAUAUACUUUGGGCAUCUUUAAGUCGUCUUUUUUUAUGUCUUUGGAUUAGAACAUUGACGCAAUGUCCUAGGACACUUUGGAACGUUCUAAAGUCAUUCUAAAGAUAUCUUGGUGCCUACUGGGUUUAUAUUAGGGCAUAGGACUUGGAAAUAAAAAGAUUAAUCUUGCGACUUUUCUAUGAUAAAUAUGUGAUAAUUGCGAGCGAAUAAAUGGAAAUACGAUCUGCGUGCAAGUGAUACUUCUUAACUUUUAUGUAACAAAUUAUUAUAAAUUUCCAACAUUCACUUUUAAAUGUAUAUAAAAAUAUUCAACAAAUAAAAAUUUCUCAACAAUGUUAAACAGA